AUGAAACUAAGUGCUGUUGCCCUUCUUGCUGCCACCAUUGGCAUUGCCACUGCACAGAAUGGAACCGAACCCUUUGCAGCUGACUUCUCUCCCAUCGCUGAAAACGGAAGCUACCUUUCGCUUUUGUCUGCCAUUGCGGCGACAGGAAGCGACACAUUGAUUUCUGCCAACGCUCCUGUUACGAUGUUUGGCCCUUGGGACGAAGCUUUUGACAACAUCACUGAUGUAUUGGAAACUCUAAGCGCAGAAGAAACUCAAGGUAUCCUGCUCAAUCAUGUGAUCAUUGGUGUCAAUGUCACUACAGACAUGUUAAAGGAAGAAGGUUGCAUUUCAGCCACAACAGCUGGAGGCCUCGAAGUUUCAAUCUUCCGCGACCCAUUCACCGGUGACAUCGACUUCGAUGGUAUUUUUGUUGUGGAUCCCAAUAUCACUGGGGACUAUGGUGUGAUGCACGGAAUCGAUGGUGUUCUCAUCGCCGAAGAGCAUGAAUCACUUCCUUGUCCUGUGCCGGUUGACUUCUCGCCUAUUGAGCAGCUUGGAGACUACUCCACCCUUCUAGCUGCUAUUUUUCAGACAAACAACAAUUUUACUAUCGCUUCAAAUGCUGGUGACUUCUCGAACACAACGAUCUUCGGACCAAGCGAUGCUGCUUUUGCUGCCAUCCAAAGUACCGUGGAUGAAUUGACCGAGGAUAUGCUUAAUGAUGUCCUCUGGGGACAUAUGGCGCAUGGUGAAGUCUUCUUCGAAGAAGUUCUUGCAUCUGGAUGCAUUGAAGUCGACACAUUCGCAGGAACUCCCCUCGCUGUUCGUGGCAACCGGACUACAGGCACAGCAUCGGUCAAUGGCAUCCCAAUUAGUUCUACCGCUUUUGAUGUUGCUGGGGUAUCUUAUGUCUUCCAUGGCAUUGAAGGUGUUCUCGUUGACUCGGAGUUUGUUCCUUGUUCGGAAGACCCGCUUGACUUUUUCUCCGUGGCACAGACUGGAAAUUACAGCACGCUUCUCAGUUUGAUCAGUCAAACAGGCCUCGACGACGAACUCAGCGAGGUUAGACCCGUCACAAUUCUGGCCCCCACCGAUGCCGUGUUUGAGCGUUAUCAAAGUAGUUUGACUGGACUCAGCGACGAAGAUUUGUUGUUAACACUCCGCCUUCAUGCUAUAGCAAAUGUCACCAUCGACUCAGAGUGGAUUGCAUGGUCAGGAUGCCAGGAAUGGUUAACAAUUGGAGGGAUGAUGGUCAGUCUCAGAUACGAUAAUGUGACUGAAACUAUUACUGUGAAUGGAUUCCCCCUUGUCCAGACUGACAUUGCUGGUAACUUUGGAAUCUUGCAUGGAAUCGAUGGCUUGACUAAUGAUGGAGCGUACGAGCCCUGUCAGGUAGACCCAUAUAGUCGAUUUGAGCUCCUCACUUUCAUCUACCAACAAAAUAUUACUGAAGCGCUAGAGUCAUUGGAGGUACCAACAACCGCUGCAACUUUUUUCAGACCAAUCGACGAGGCAUUCAAUUCGCUUGAUGAAUAUCCUUUCGAAGGAGAUGAUUGGGCCGAAAAAGAAGUCGAGUUGAUGCUCAAGCACAUUGUUCCAGAAAUCUACUCAGCUGAUGACGUAAAAGAAGCCGGAUGCGUUAUUCUCGAUACUUUGGCCGGAACUAAGAUCCGUCUGAUGUGGAUGGAAGAUGCAGGCAACGUUGGCGGACGUCGUUUGGCAGGCCACAUGGGUGGUGAAAUGACGGGAAUGGUCAUGGUAAACGACGCCAUGGUAAUUCUUGCCGACCAAUUGAAUGAAGAAUCUGAAGCUAUGUUUCAUGGAAUUGACAAGGUGCUUGCUCCAGGAUCCUUUAGUGAAUGCCCACCAGAUGAGUCUUCCAUGUCUCCGAUGGCAAGUCCAACCGAUGCACCAGCAAGUCCAACAACCGAUGCACCAGCAAGUCCAACAACCAACGCCCCAGCAAGUCCAACAACCAACGCCCCAGCAAGUCCAACAACCAACGCCCCAGCAAGUCCUAGCACACCCAGCACAGGGGCUCCUGCAGCCGAGUCAAGUGCGUUUAUCAAUGGUUUGAGCAUUAUCUUUGUCUCGAUGGUUGCAUUAGUCGCUUUUUAG